AUGGAUGAAUGUUAUAACAGAGACCUUUGGUCAUUCCAAUGCAAACGCAUCGAGACGAAUUAUGUCUCCGACGGCUACAAAAAUUGCGCGGACAAUUCCGACGAAGCCGACUGCACUGAAGAACGUUGCAAGAGCAUGGGAAAACUGAAGUGCAAAAACCGAGACGUCUGCUUCCAUCAAAGUUUCAUCUGCAACGGCGACAACGACUGCGGCGACAACUCCGACGAGGAGGACUGCACCGAAAAGCGUUGCAACGAGCUGAAAAAAUUCAAAUGCAAAGGCGUCGCCUGCAUUGAAAAGCACUGCAGCGAUCUCGGAAGAUGGAAAUGCAAGGCCAGCAACAAGUGUAUACGCGACAUCGACGUCUGCAACGGCCAAAACGACUGCGGCGAUAAUCCCGACGAAAUCGGUUGCGACAAGAAACUUUGCACCGACCUCGGACGAUUCAAAUGUAACAGUACUAACGUGUGCAUACCAUACGAUAGCUGGCUAUGCGACGACAAUUCCGAUGAGAUCAAUUGCCCUGAGAAUAAUCUUUGCGACAGUAACGGCAAGUUCAAAUGCAAAGACACGAAUAAGUGCAUAGAUCAAGAUCUUAUCUGCGAUGGCAUCGACCAUUGCGGCGACAACUUCGACGAGACGGAUUGCACUGAUGAACGCUGCAAGAACAUCGGAAAAUUCAGGUGCAAUGAUGGGCUCAAAUGCAUCUCUGAUAGUCUCGUCUGCGAUGGCUACGACAAUUGCGGUGACGGACGAGGCAGAUUGCACUGA